CAACCAUCGCGCAGAUGAAUCAGCUGCCGUUGAUUCGUUUCUGUUUGAUAUUUGUUUGUUCGCUGAACUAUUCCUGCCCAAUUAAUUCAGUUAAUCAAGCGAAACACUGUGUAGAGGAUUCCACCCAUCCGAUUCAAUUGAGACCAAUCAGCGAUGGACUUCACGACCUUCGUAAAGCCCUCAAAUGGCGAAGGCGGCGGUGAUGCGGAUGGUGGGCAGAAACUGGAGUUCUGGAAGCAUGUGGAGUACAUCGAGAAUCAUGGAAAGCAGGAGGACGACUACGAGUACUGUAUGACCGAGUUCCUGCGCAUGUCGGGCAUCUAUUGGGGUACCACGGCCCUGGACAUAAUGGGCCAACUGGACAGGCUGGAACGGAAGUACAUAAUUGAGUUUGUAAAGCGGUGUCAGUGCCCGACCACUGGAGGAUUUUCCCCCUGCGAGGGACACGAUCCUCACUUACUGUACACCCUGUCGGCGGUUCAGAUCCUGUGCACCUACAAUGCCCUCGAGGAGAUCGACUGCGAGGCAGUAGUGCGAUUUGUGGUGGGAUUGCAGCAACCCGAUGGCAGCUUCUUCGGCGACAAGUGGGGCGAGGUAGAUACCAGGUUUAGCUUUUGUUCGGUGGCCACCUUGACGCUCCUCGGGCGAAUGGAGCAGACCAUCGACGUGGAGAAGGCGGUCAAGUUCGUGCUGUCGUGCUGCAACCAGACGGACGGAGGAUUUGGUUCCAAGCCGGGCGCCGAAUCGCAUGCGGGCCUCAUAUACUGCUGCGUGGGCUUCUUUUCGCUGACCCAUCGACUGCACCUGGUCGACGUGGACAAGUUGGGCUGGUGGCUCUGUGAGCGCCAGUUACCCUCGGGUGGUUUGAAUGGGCGUCCCGAAAAGCUUCCGGACGUGUGCUAUUCGUGGUGGGUGCUGGCCUCCCUCACCAUCAUGGGUCGUCUGCACUGGAUCAGUUCCGAUAAGCUGCAGCAGUUCAUCCUGUCCUGCCAAGACACGGAGACUGGCGGAUUCUCCGAUCGCACAGGCAACAUGCCCGACAUAUUCCACACGCUAUUUGGCAUUGGUGGACUCUCGCUGCUGGGACAUUCCGGCCUGAAGGCCAUCAACCCAACGCUGUGCAUGCCGCAGUACAUAAUUGAUCGGCUGGGUAUCAAACCGCAGCGAUUGGCGAGACCAUAAGGUCUUCAAAGAACAGUAGUUAUAGCCAAUAUGUAGCUUAAAAUCAGAACAGACCUCUACUGUAUUCCCACACGAGUCCCCCUUAGUUUUAUUUUGAAAAAGACCAAAAUUCCACCAUGCAUGUACUCAAUGCUCUUUGGGUUUUAACUUUGCUGUGCAUUUACACAGAAUGUAUCCCCUCGAUAAGCUAUAAUAAAUAUAGUUUGUAAAGCAAGUUAAAAUCAGCAAAUAAAUAUUUUAUUUUAUUACAGCAAGC